AUGGGCAUCCUCGAUCACUCUCCCUCGUCCUCAGGUUCGACAUUUUUUUGGCUUGUUUCCAAUAAAAUCCGAUUAUUUUUUUGAUAUUAACUUGUUGGGAAAGUAUUUUAUAUUUUUUCGUGGAAAAAUUCGGAUUUCCGCCUUGUUUUUUCCCGGGAAAACUGUCCAUUUUUGACAAAUUCAUGUACAAAUUGUACCAUUGAAAGUUAGGAAAUUCCACCUCGUUUUUUUUCCGGGAAAAUUGUCCAUUUUCAACAAAUUCUAGUACGAGUUGUACCAUUGAAAGUUAAGAAAAUGCUCAUUUUUGCGGUUUUUAUUUAAAAUUCGAUCAAAAAUCCUUGAAAAAGGUCGUUAAAAUCGAAUUUUUCAACAAUCUUGUCACUUUUCGAUACUUUUUUGUUUGAAAUUCUCGAAUUUUUCGAUCUCAAGUGUUUAGAUGUCAUUUGAAUUAUUACCAGGCUUAUAAUUUAAUUUUUUUAAAUUUAAAAAGGUCUUGAGAAAAAUUGGAUAGUUUUAUAAAUAACGAAUUUUUCAACCUUUGUAGACUUGAUUUAUAUGGAAAAGGAUAAUUUUCCUCGAAAACUCCUAGAAAAAAAGCUCGUUUUUUUCAAGUUUUUUUCAAAGACUCUUAUUCCUUUGAAACUUCAGAAAAGAGUAAAAAAAUUCUUAUUAAAUAAAGAUUCAAAAUAAAUAACUUUACGGUUUCAUGGAGUGUCCUGGCUAAAUCAAAGAAUCAGUGAUUUGUGAUUGUAUAAAAAAACUUUCGAUAGAAAAAUAGUAAAACGUUAGAUUUUUUUCAAUUUAUGUGUCUAUAAACGUAUUAGAAUUUGGAUAAACUAGAUAAUUUCAGUGAAUUUUCCGUUAAAUUAUCGAUCUUUCCUUGGAAAUGAAGCUUUUCGGACACUUCUUCAUUUUUUUCUUGAAGGUUUUAGGAUUUAUUUUUAUUUUUUUCGAUUUUUCAGAAGCCCCUGAUUUUUUUGAUUCCGAGCCUCCAAAAAUUUAAAAAAAUGUUCACUUUAUUCAAUUUUUUUCACAGAUUUUUGCGAAUUUUUCCGACCCCCCGGCCUGGAUUUUUUUCGAUUAGACGACUUUUUAAUAGCUCACGUAGCACUUCAGAACAAAGAAAAGAGAGCUUUUGAUCAUUCAAAACAGUUUUUUGACCGUUUUUCUCAGAAAAAUGGAUAUCUUCCAGGAGUUCCGCGACGCGGCGCGUUCGGGAUCGACUGGUCGACGUGGGUGCCGGCGGUGACGCCGAAGACGCUGCUCUCCCACUACUUGCCGGCCUCCGGCGCCCUCUCCCACACCCUCUACACCGUUCACUUGUUCAGCCCCACCAUCAUCUCAAAGUCAAUAUUUCCAUCGGUUAAAAAAUUAAACAAGCUGGAAUUGACCUAGUUGAGGCGGAAAAACGGGCCGGGAAAGUUUUUAGUGGCCACUAUAGGGUUUUGACGCUUUAGUGGCCACUAUAGUAAUCAAAUUAGUGACCGCUUAAGGGAUUAAAAAUUAGUCGCCACUUAAAGGUCUAGGUGAUUCUAAUGGGUAAUCAAAAACUACUAUAGUGACCACUAAGAUACAAAAUAGGGGCUGUUAUAGAGGUGGUUUUAGUGGCCACUUUAGUGCCCCCUCCAAGUAGUCCUUGGCGAGCCUCUAUAGUGGCCACUAAAAAUUUUCCCAGUCCAGUGUUCCUUCCAGUAACUCUGAUGAUGUUAAAACAAACAUAUUGGACCAUUUAUGUUGAUCCAUUGACCCCUAAAGUGGCCACUAAGUAGUCUAGUAGUAGCACUUAGACCUCUAUAGUGGCCAAUAAUUUUUAACCCCUUAAGUGGCCACUAAUUUGACGACUAUAGUCGCCACUAAAACGUCAAAACCCUAUAGUGGGCACUAAAGAAUCUCCCAGUAUAUACCAUUUUUUUCAAAUAAGAACUCAGAAGGACCUCAUAGGUAUUAUGAAAGAAAAACCUUCUUUUCUUCUUUUCACAGUUUCUUUCUUUCCUUACGCCACUGUACGGCUUGAGCAGUACCAAGUAGAUGAGCCAAGGUCUGCGGUUUUAUGAAUUCGUGGUUUUCCACUUUCAACAUUUCAUAAACCCCUCGGGGAUUGAACUUGUGACCCUAUGAUCCGUGCCUCGAAUCUAUGAGUUGAGAAAAGAUAUUCUCGGUAUAUUUACGGACAUAAGUCAAUUUAGAGAAUACACUUAAAUGAUCGUCAUGAAAUACUGAAGGUCUUGAGAUUAUAGAAAUGGUCCUAUUGAAACGUAUGUCAUCUUGAAGACCAGCUUGAAGCUUUUUUCACAUUUUCAAAUGUUAAAAUUUUAAAUCUGCGUGGCUCAGGGCAUUUCUAAUGGGGUGAGCGAGGCGUCAAAGUUUCUGAAUUUACAAAAAAAGAUCAAGUGCGCGCUCCGGAUAAAAUGCACUGAGUAUUCAACAUCAAUAACUUGUUUGUUCGAUUGCCUUUGGCUGCGUACUUGAGAUUCAAAUUUUCGCGCCAAAUUUUUUUUUGACGUCUCCUUACUCCAUUCAAGAACGCCGUGGGCUUGAGAGUGCUUCGAAACGAAAAAAACGCUGAAAAAAAUCGAUUUAAAAAGUUUCUAGUUAAACCUCUAAAGAGAAAUCAAGAAACUGAGAAUUUUAGAAUUUACUGAAAACUCAAGAAUUAAAUUUGUUAUUGAGUUUUUGAUUUUUAAAGAAGAAUAGAAAUUAAAAAAACGUAUUUGAUUUGAAAGUGGAAAUACUUUAUCUUCCGUAGUACUGGGCCGAAAAAUACGCUGAUAAGAUCCCGUUUUGCGCCCUUUAUCAAGCUUUUCAAUAUUCACAAUAUUUCAAAGGGUGGGAAAAGGCGUCAAAAUGGGUCAAUAGAGGCUGAUAAAAGGGCGCAAAAAGGCGACAUAAUGAAAAAUUUGGUUUCAUAUAUUCGGGAAAGUUCAACGGAACCUUAACGGUUCAUGUGUUUCUGAGAAGUUUUGAGAGUUUUUCUCCCCAUUUUUUUUUUGGCAAUAGAAUAAUUUCGCAGGAUGUUCCCCACAGCCGAUUUGGCGGUGAGCAACUCGAUUCUGUUCAAUGCGAACGUGGGCCUCGGGUUCUACGUGUAUUUCAGAAGACAUCUACAGCGCGUCGACCCCUGGGACCGCGUCGAGUUCAGGUAAGGUCCGAAAAAGGAAUGGUUAAAUAAGGACUGGGGGCGGGGGUUUCAAAAAAAUAUUUUCGGUUUACUCGAAAAAAAGAGACCUUUCUGUGGGAUUUAAAAGCGAAUUUAUAAGGUUGAACAUAGUUCUAUUAAAAAAAGGAUUUCUCUAUAAAAUUGAUGGAAAUGCGUACGGCUUUUUUGAGGAAAAAUGUGUCCCUUUUUUUCAAAAUUUUUUUCGUUUUACUCGAAAAAAAGAGACCUUUUUGUGGGAUUUUGAGGCAAAUUUAUAAGGUUAAACACAGUUUUUAUCGAAAUCAAAGGAUUUUUUUCUAUAAAAUUGAUAGAAAUGCGUAAGGGAAACACGGUUUUUUUGAGAAAAAAAUUUGUCCCUUUUUUUCGAAAUUUUUUUCGUUUUUACUCGAAAAAGAGACCUUUUGUGAGAUUUUUAAGGGGAAUUUAUAAAGUUAAACACAGUUUUUUUCUGAAAAAAACGAAGGAUUUUUUUCUAUAAAAUUGAUAGAAAUGCGUAAGGGAAACAAGGUUUUUUUGAGGAAAAAUUUGUCCCUUUUUUUCGAAAUUUUUUUCGUUUUUUUCCGAAAAAAAGAGACCUUUUUGUGGGAUUUUGAGGCGAAUUUAUAAAGUUAAACACAGUUUUAUCGAAAUCAAAGGAUUUUUUUCUAUAAAAUUGAUAGAAAUGCGUAAGUGAAACACGGUUUUGGAGUUUGUAUGAAAAACCCGUUUUCAGAGAAAAUUGGAAAUUAAUGCGUUGCGAAAAUAAUAAAAUUGCUCCGUUUUACUUAAAAAAAUGAUCAAUUUUCAACAGAUAAAGGAAAAUUCGAGAAAGGUUGAACUUUAUUUUUCAAUGACACUACUGAAAAAAUGGUUGGAUUUAAAAAUUUGGUAGAAAAAGUGGAUUUUUUUCUGCUUGAAAAAAAGAUUUCUUUCAGUGAUUUUUUUCCGUUUAAAAUAGUUUCUGAGCUAUCUGAAUUUUUCGAUUUAUGAAAUUUAACCGACUCGGGCAAAGUCGGAAUGGUAUAUAAUGGCUCCUGAAAGGGAGAGGCUCAAAAAAGGCUGCAAAAAGGCAGCAAAAAGGUCCCUUUAUCGAGCCUUUCUGGGACUUUAAAGGCUCAAGAAAUGGUUGAAAAAGGGAGAGGCGACAAAAAUGGUGCAAAAAUGCUGAUAAAAUGGUGCAAAAAGGUAACAAAAAAGGAACAUUUUUUAUAGAGCCUUUUUUCACCCUUCCCACUUUUCCUAUGAAUAUUAAAAGAUUUGAAAAGCGUCCUCUAAAAGUUCACUUGUUUUCUCAGAGUUUUGAAUACCUUUUUCCGAAUAAACACUGCAAAAACCCUUUUUAGAAACCAAAAAAUGCAAUUUUUCAACCUCCAGCACAAUUCUUCAAGCAAUUCAUCGUUUCCAACCGAUUUUUUUGUUAUUCUCAUGAAAAAUUGCGUUAAACUCUUGCUGGGUUGUGUCCAGUUGAUUGGGGAAAGUCGUUCAUCACUCAAGGGAAACCAAGUGAUUAUUUAUGAGAACGGGCCCAACUCAUUAAUUUCCCCCAAGUGUAAUACUUUCCCCAAAGAACUUUCUGUCAGCUGCUCUUCCUGUUUUUCCGCUUUUUGAUCCGAUUUUUUGGAGUUUGUGGGGAGAGAAAGCAAAGUAUAUAUGAGGAAAAUAAUUUUGAAAAAAAUAAAGGGAAAGCUAUGUUAUUCAGUAUUUAUGGAGCUUGAAAAAGUGAGAAUAUGGGUUCAAAUAAAGUUCUAAACGAGUAAAAAGUUCAUAUUAAAAUUUAUUAGUUUCCUGAGACUUUUGGGGAAGCCGACAAAGGAAAAAAAAAAGAAGUUUUUAAGCCUAAAACCUAGAGUGGGCCCUAUAGGGGUCAGACGGAAAAAAAGCCCCUAGAGGGAUCGUAAAAGUGGUCCCUAUAGGUGAAAAAUCAAGGUGGUCCCUAUAGGGGCUUUUCAUUUUUACUCAAAAAGCGCUUGUUUAUUCAGUUUUUGUCAUGGGAAUGCUUCUUCAGGGUUCAUAACAAUUUCCGACUAGCAUGUCCCCUACAGGGAUCACUUUUUCAAGCUUUAGUGGCUUCUAAAGGGGUUGGCAAAGUGCCCCCUAGAAGCGCCCCUAAGGUUGUCCCUAUAGGGACCACUCCAGGUGCAUAAAAAAAAGAGAUUAUGGUUUUUUUUCAGUGUAUUUUCUUCGACUGUCUUCAACUUUGGCAGUUUACUCGCAGCGGUCCUCGUCAAGGCAUUGAUUCCAGCAAAGUUUGUAUUUUUUUAGAGUAAUAUUGAGAAAAAAAUCGUGUGAAAAAUCGAAAAAAAUAUUCCCAUUUCAUCGUAUUUUCUUCCAUAUUCUGAGUUUUUCUAUCUUUCUUACUGGCAAAAAAACCUCAGUGAUUUUUUUCUUUUUUUCCAGAAAAAAACUAUACUUUUGAUGAAAAAAACCUUCCAGAGCCCCGACAUGGGCGAAAAGCUUGGUGGCAGCUUCGAUGAGCGUUUAUCUGCUGACCAGGGCCUACAAGUACCUUCACUACGUUGACGCUCGUUUCUCAAGGAGCUCGCCUUCACCUCCGAGAAGGUAAACUAUCAAAAAUCCCAUCAAAAGAAGAAAAAAUUAGAAUUUUAAGCUCCAAAAUGUAAAUGUGAUGGUUUAUGUACUUUGUGAAGCCUUGGCCGCAUUUGGAAUGGAUCAGAGCGUUGCGGCUAAUUCAAAACACGCAGAUCCAUUCCAAAUGCGACCAAAGGCCAGGCGAACCGGACCGUACAACGUCUUCUGCACCCUUGAUGAUGGCUGAAUUAUAGCCCGAAGUCGAGGGCGAGCGGCCGCCGGCCGACGUCGUCCCUGGCCUCGUCCCGACCGACGUCUUCAGCCUUCCGCACGCCGUCCCACCACGAACCCCAGCAUCAUCAGAACUCGCCCCCGCCCGACGUCUACACCCCGCCGACGACAAAUUACUCCAUCACCGACGUCGCCGAAGACGAAGAAGUCGAGGAACACCGAACGUCUCCGACCAACUACCGAUACCUCCACUCCUACGCCUUGAACAACCUCCAGAAUCGCGACAAGGAGAACAUCAUUAGAAGGACCAAUGUCCACGGGAUCACGCCGAAAAGAAGGAACACCUCCCAGUACAGUAAGAUCGCCGCCAGUCAUGUCCAACCGACGGCCAUUGAUUGCUCGGUCUUCGUGACCCCCUCCCCAUCCAUCGACUCCCGAGCCCCGUCGGCCAUGCUCGAGUCCCCCGUCAAAGCCACGCCCAAGAGGAUCCUGCCCCGAAGACGUCGGAAAAUGGUCGAAUUCGAGGACGACGACAAAACCUGGCGCAUGAUCCAGUACCACGCCCCGUUGCUCCUCAUCCCCACCACUUUUUCCUGCUUUGUCUGGUCGAAUUCCCUCCUCCCGGUACCCGUCAUUGAGACCCUCCGCUUCAUUUUCCUGACCACUUUCCGGUCUUCACGAUAG